AUGUAUAGGGGAUUUGAAUAUGAUUAUAUGGCUUAUGGUCCUCCACCUCCCAGGAGACGAAGAAUGCCGCCACCCCGCGCGAUGAAUGGCUAUGGAGGUGGGUACAGUGGUUAUAGAGGAGAUCAUGGCGCGGCCUCCCUGAUGAAUGAUUUAGAAGCGGCUGCGUAUCUUCAUGAAUACGAAGCAGUACUAGCAGAAGAAUAUGCAAUGGGACUUGAAAAUCCAUACGGUGGAGGAUGGGACCGUUAUCAUGAAGAACCUGUGUUAAUGCACCCUCCUCAAAGAAGAAGAUUUCCUCGAGCUCCGAGACAGCCAAGACCUGCAAGAGGCAGAGGAGGAAUGACAAACAGAGUGUCAUCAUAUGGGGCUGGUUUAGAUAAUAGACAAAUUAUGAAAGCGCAAGAACGAUUUUUAGGCCCCCAAACGAAAUCAAAACCAACAAUUACAAAGGAUAAUGAAACGACAGCCUCAACAUCAACGCAAAAUGAAGAAAAUAACAAUAAUACUGGCGAUAAAAAGUCUGCGGAGAAUGCAGUAACGACUCCUGUAGUGCCAUUAAAGUCAAAAAUUACAGCCAAACAACAGUGGGAGACAAGUUAUGUUGAAACCAUGAAAGAAGAGUCGUUGAGACCCAAACCCGAGCCGGUUAUACCAUCUCCGGCAAAGAAAAACAUAGAGCCGACACCAAUACCUGCUCUAAUGGACCAACCCCAGGUAUCUGGGCUUCAGAAAUCUUCCAGCAAGAAACGAAAAAACGAUUGGUUCAGACGUGGCCCGUAUUUUCGACGGAAGAAAAAGAAAACCUCAGAAUCUGAAGGAGCGGCUCAAGAACCAGGAUUUGGAUUUGAUGUUAACGGAACGAAUGAGGGGUCAAAGGUUACAGGAAGUGAAGAGGGAACUACCUACCCUAAAACUUGUAAGGUAUGUAAUGUUAAACUCUAUCAACCAUCACAAGCCGAUGACCAUUACAAAAGUGAAAUUCAUGCAAAGAACGUCAACAAUUUUUUGAGUGGGGAGGACACAAAAAAGAUCGAGAGAAAGAUAAAUAAAAUUACUGAAAACCUCCCCACACCUAUAAAUACUCCAGAGUGCCUCGUGUGGGAGAAAGACACAGGUGAUCGCACACAAAACACUGUCAGAUUCUGCCGCUUAUGCUCAGUCGAAAUGUCAUCUUUACCGACAGCAAAACAGCAUUAUGCAGGAAAAGCUCACGCUAAGAGAAUUAGGAUCGUUCAACGAGGGAAUCGACCUUAUAGAAAACCUUUUAAACCGACUCAUUUUGUCAGCGGCGGAGUUUUAGGAAUUCAAGAAAAGCCCAUCGAACCAGCUUAUAGCUAUAACCCAGCAGCUCACUUAGCGUUUACACAGCCUGAUUCACAAAUCGCAAAUUCGAGCAUAAAUUUUAAACCAUCUCUGCCUGGUGAUUUUGCAAAUAGUAUGACACCUAGUGGACAAUAUUACUGCCAAACAUGCAACAUUGUUAUUGAGCACGCAGGCAGUCUAAGCACUCAUCUACAAUCAAAACAACAUAAAUUAGCAAAAGCGAGGAGCUAA